AUGAGCCGGGAUGAGGAGCACAGUCGGUUCGUGAGCACGUUGACUGGAUGCUCUCAACGAGAGCUGUUUCUCACUUUUCUCAUCACACUGUUGGGCUUGUUUAUAAGGAAUUUGACGCUUCCGUGGAUCUUUUUAGGCAUUAGAUAUGAUACUGGAAGAUUCUCCUACUGGCUGAAAUUCGUCGCCGACGUCAUCUUCCUCUGCCUCCCAUCCCUUCUAGCAAUGACAAUUCUCAGUGACCAUCUCCUAUUCCUAGCCACAAUCAUGUCCAUCACCUCCAUCGUCCUCCUCCUUUUCGUCAUCUACGAAGGCGUCGAUCAUCAUCUGACGGCUUCUUUGAAGCAGGCGUGGUCCAGAAUCGUUGAAGAACAGCAUAGGCCAACGAAAUUCGUGACCUAUUUCCGAUCGCUGACGAUGGUCCUGGUGACGGUGGCGAUUCUGGCGGUGGAUUUUCCGAUAUUUCCACGACGAUUCGCGAAGACUGAGAAAUUCGGACACUCGAUGAUGGAUGUAGGCGUCGCUGCCUUCAUUUUCCAGUCGGCAUUGGGUAGUCGAAUGGCAAAAUCACCGAGUUCCGGGAGGCAAUUAUCCAAUCAUAGUAGGCCGUGGUACCUGACUUCUACGUCACUUUUGUUCGCGUUGGGAUUCGUUAGAGCCGUUGUAUUAGAGGUGAUCGGGUAUCCACAACAUGUUACGGAGUAUGGAGUUCAUUGGAAUUUCUUUUUUACGAUGGCAGCUGUUAGGGUGCUCUACUCCAUCCUUCCUCGCUGCUUCCCUCUCGUUCUCUCGAUAAUUUUUGGAAUUUGCCAUCAGACAAUGCUGAAAUCGACGGGUCUUCAAGCAUGGAUUCUCGAUGAAAACGCCAAUAAACGGGAUAAUUUAAUUCAUGCGAAUGCCGAGGGAUUGACUUCUCUUCUCGGUUAUCUAACGAUUUUCUAUGCGAGUUUAGCGAUCGGAGGAUUCAUGGCACGGACGAGUAUACGGGUGAAAUCGUGGAUUCGUCGAUGUUUUCAACUACUUCUCUUAUCGAUUUUCUUGUUUUUGGCUCAAUUGGCAACUGAGAAAUGGGUGGAUCCGCCGUGUCGAAGAGUGGUUAAUGUCACUUAUAUUUUUUCGCAGUUAACACUGAUGACGUUCGCCACUGCCGUAUGCUUAUCAAUUCAAAUGUUCAAUAUUGUUGUCUGGUGUGCUAGUUUUCCACAAUUCUCGAAAGAUGUUGCUCAACGACAGUUGUGGACUCGGAGUGUUGGAGCCCAAGUAACUCCAAUUAGCCAUGAUAAGAAAGUACAAACAUUUCCGACCACUCGUGACAUCAGUCUUCAAGCUAAACCUUCGGACAUUCCUGGCUUCUUUCAUCUGAAAAACACAGCGACUGAUCCUACCUCAACCAGCAAUGCAAGCACCCAGAGUAGUACAAUUAUCCGUAACAAGACAACCUCUUCUCAGUGUGUUUUACCUCCAGCCAACAGAUUCAAGUAUCUGACUGAGCUAGGAGUUCUCAAAGGAUCCGAGCUUCUUCUUGUUUCCGGAUUGAGAGAAGAAGAUCAGAAGCAAGAUUAUCAUGCCGAUAUGGAUGGUAAUAACUUUGAUAUCUACUACCGAAAGAUGAUCCCGCUUUUUGCGGCUGAAGCUGCAAAACUUGGAAGACCCGCAGUGUUGUUGUGUGAUAAUGCUCCGUAUCACAAUGCUCCACUCCGCAAGCCUCCGACGAGCACUUCUUCCCGAGCUGACAUCACAUCUUUUCUCACGGAGCAUGGUGUAAAGUUCUUCCCAAAGCAGACGAAGGAGAUCCUCUACGAUUUGGCUCGAAUCUUCAUUGAAUCCAACGGGGGUCGCGAGGCAUUCACGGUCUACAAAUUCGACGAGUAUGCCAAGUCUCAUGGGGUUACUGUUUUAAGACUCCCACAAUAUCACUGUUUUUUUAAUCCAGUGGAAUUACUGUGGGCGCAAUUGAAACAGCACCUCAGAAAGAUUGGCAAACCGGAAGAUUCAGUAGAACUAGUGAGAAGCCGUGCCAAGGCGUUCCUCGAGCCUUUUCCAGCAACUUCGGCCGACAAACUGUUUCUUCACACUCAAAAAUUGGAGACAGACCUUCGAGAGAUGAUGGAAGAAGAAGAUAUGAUGGAUUACGACGAGGUGUUCGACUUGAACUACGACGUCGAUGAAGCUGGCAAUCUCUACAACAUCCGAAUCGAUAGUGAUGACGAAGACGCGAUGGUGGACGAGGAAAUCGAAACCAUUUGCGACGAUCCGUUCUCUCCGGUGUCUCCAUGCCUCUCCGACUCCAUCAAUCGUCAUUCUCUACUCUUUUUUCUCAUUUCCAACGUCUUGACCGGUCUAAUCAAUCUCUCGAUUCCAACUGCUCACACACUUUCUGCUCAAUUCUCAUUUCCAAUUCUUCUCGCCUAUCUGACAGUCUGUUCUGGAAUUGUACACUCUUUGGAGUAUCGAAAAGUCAAUUUCAUCAGACUUCAUGCUGAUUAA